UAUUUUGCAAAGAUUUCAUUAUUUUUUUCUAUAUUUUCGGUGACAAGAGUAAUUGAUUUUUAUCAAAAUGGUGUUAUUAACAAUGAUUGCGAGGAUAGCAGAUGGUUUGCCACUGGCAGCCACGAUGCAAGAAGAUGAACAGAGCGAGAGAAGAAUUUUAGAAUAUCAGAAUCAGGCAAAAAUGUUAUUUAGAAGAUUAGAACCACAGUCUCCAGCCAGAUGUACCAUAGAAACAGGUCCAUAUUUAUUCCAUUAUUUAAUUGAAAAUGAAGUAUGUUAUUUGGUAUUGUGUGAAAAAAACUACAGUAAACGGGCCGUAUAUAAUUAUCUUGAAGAUAUAGCGCAAGAAUUUCAUUCAUCGUAUGGUAAACAUGUCAAUACAGUUACUAGGCCCUACAGUUUUAUUGAAUUCAAUACAUACAUCCAAAAAGCAAAGAAAGUUUUUUUGGAUGGUAGAUCAAGAAGAAAUAUGAAUGCACUCAAUAGCCAACUACAGGAUGUGCAAAGAAUCAUGGUUCAAAAUAUAGAUGAUGUCUUGCAAAGGGGUACAGUUCUUUCAGAGUUAGACACUAAAACACAAAAUUUGACUAUGUUGUCACAAAAAUAUAAAAAAGAUGCAACUCAUUUAAAUAGCAAGUCCAUGUAUGUAAAAGCUGUGGCUGGACUUGUUGCGUUUUUGGUCUUCCUGCUAUACUUUUUUAUUCUUUAGUUUCUCAAUCUAUUUGAAAAGUUGGUUACGAUUAUGUAAAGACAAUUAAUGUUUUUCAUCAUAUUGUUUUUCCAAAAUUAGCAGGUAUUUUUUUCUUUGUGAAUUUACUUUUCCACAUAAUGUAUCUAAAUUUUAAGUUCACCUGAAAUUGGAAACAAUGUACAUAUAUUGUAUUCAGGCAAAAGCUAGUCGCACGGAAUAUAAUGAUACCCAUACCAUUCAAGACAUUGUUCCAUAUAUUGUCAUACAGUAAAUAUAAUGGUUUUCUACAUAAUUAAGAUAAUGUAUGACCAUCUUUACUUUGGCUUAGUAAAAGAUAUCCUCUAACAAGUAAGACAAUAUGUAUAGUCAUGGUUAUUGUUAUAUUAAGAAUUAUUUUAUUCUUAUCACUUUAUUUAUAAGGCAAGGAAAUUAAUAUUACAUUCAUAUUUAAA